AUGUCAGCUGAAAAGCGUUUGUUACAGGAGUAUAGGUCUAUCCUAAAGGAACAAAGACAAAAAGGAUCGGCAUCCACUUUAUCCUCAAAUGGAAUUUUGGAUUUGAAACCGGUUUCAGAGGAUAAUUUCUACAAGUGGACUGCGAAGCUGAAAGGCCCAACCGAUACUGGUUACCAGGAUGCCUUUUGGGAGCUUCAGAUUGACAUUCCUUCCAACUAUCCUACCCAACCGCCUAAGUUCACAUUUAUAGUCUCUGAUGAUAUCCCUCGUAAUAGAAGGCAAAGGCAGACCAAUCAAAUUCAGGAUGACGACGAAUUUGAAGGGGCUGAGAAGGAAGUUUUAAGGCAUUGUUAUAGAAUGCCUCAUCCAAAUAUUGCCUUCAACACAGGAGAAAUCUGUCUGGACAUUUUGCAGGCCAAAUGGACGCCAGCUUGGACACUUAGUAGUGCUUUGACAGCCAUUGUUCUCCUGUUGAACGACCCAGAACCACUGUCCCCGCUAGACAUUGAUAUGGCUAACCUAAUGAAAAUCAACGAUUUGAAGGCUUAUAACUCAUUGAUCGAAUACUACGUGGGUCGAUACAGUAUCGAAGAGGAGGUGUAUAUAUUGAAUUAG